UUCUGUUCUGCACUCGAGUCGCGCUUCCCGCACUCUUAAUUUUGCAGCUCGCCUGGAUCUGAGAUCAGCGACGUCACCCUUGCAUUCGAAGCGCCGAGCCACCCGCACCUCGCACCUCGCAAAACGCUCUCCACCCUCACCUACUCCCGCCACCUAGGUUUCUAAUGAGUGCAUCCAUCUCGAACGCGCAGAACCCACCGAUUGCCGCCUCCCAGACUGCUACUGCCGCGAACAGCUCCUCUGCAGGAUCGUCCGCCAACGUGGCUGCUGGAUCGGCUCAGCCCACUGCCCGCAGCUCGUACGCCAACGCGACCAAGAAGAUUUCUUCGCCCACGAUCGCGUCCAGCGGCGCGCCCCCCGUGGCAGUGGGAGGCCCAUUGAACGCACAGCAUGGGAAGAGCGCCUCUGUGUCGCCAGUGAAUGGCAACAGCGCCAUCAAGCCCGCCGUCCCCACCGUCAUGCCGACCAUUGUGAGCGGCGGUCCCAACGGCGACCACAGCCGCAAGUCCUCUGUGCACAUCAAACAGACGCCCCCCACUACUGGCCCGCCCUCUGGAAUCAAGUUUGGCUCGCUUGCCGUCUCACCUGCGCCUGCGCACGCCUCGCCCGCCACCCAGGGCAGCAGCUUGAAUCCCCAGGCGCAGAACCCGCGUGUCGCCUCACCAGCACACUCGCCCUCGCCCAUUCCCACGCCCAUCUCCGGCGGUCCCAAGCCUGACGGGCUCCCCACGCGCCCCAACUUGGUGUUCGGUGGCCAGGGCGGUGAAGGUGCCGAACCGAGCUCUCGCCCUCUUUCCAUGCCUCCUCAAUCCAACUCCCACCAGCAGGCUCAACAUCUACGCGGCGAGUCUGCACAAUCCGCACACAGCGAUAUGAGCAACGCAAACAUGAACAGGGGCUUCCCACCAAACGCGGGUCGAGGUCGUGGUAACCACUUCCAGCCCCACUACAACCCCAACAUGGCGAGUCACUCACCGCGGCCCUUCCAUCCGCAGCCGCAGCCCCACCAGCACAUGGGCCGCGGUGGUGGACCACCUUUCCAACCACAGCAGCAGAACUCACCCUAUCACCAGAGUCGCAGCCCGGCCAUUACGCCUGCCACGAUGCAUCAACAGGCGCAAUAUGCCAACCCGCAGAGCAUGCCCUAUUACCCAGGGCAGCCCUACCCCCCACCUAACAUGUAUGGCGUGCCCCCGCAAGCUCUUGACCCUUACAACUCCUACUACAACCAGAACGCGUAUGGACAUGGGUUGCAACAUUCGAUUCACUACCCAGGUGUACCGGCGAGUCCUGGUAGAGGCCACAGCUUCCCUCAACAGAUGCAACCACCAUAUGGGAUGCCUUCUCCCUAUGGCCAGGGCCCCCAAGCGGGACCUAUGUCGCGCAGUGCUUCGAACAUCUCGGAGCGACCGCCAUCUACCGUUCCGCAGCCAACUACGCCUGCAAUGACUAACGUUAAUCACAUUUCUCACACGCACACGCCUAGCGUAACUGCUCCUAGCCCGGCACCCAGCUCUGCUUUUGAGCGCCCGAAGAAGGCGAGCAAAGCUAUCGUGAUCAAGAAACCUGACGGAGAGGUACUCGACUUCAACAAGAGCAAGGCUGCCUCGCCUGCGCCAUCUGCAACCCUCGCUGCGCCUACACAGCCUAGAUCUCCCGCUAUCGCCGCGACGCCGACCCCACCACCCCGGGCUCCUAGCGCUACCGACUCCACACGUGCUGAGGAAACUGCCGCUAAGACCGACAGUGAGAAGAAGGCGGACUUCGUCAAACAGUUUCAAGAGAAACUCCGGUUGCAAGAAGAAGAGGAGAAAAAGACGAAGGAGGCAGCUGAAGCUGGUGUCAAGGCCGAGGCUGAAGCCAAGCAAAAGGAGAAGGACGAAGCUGAGGCCAAGGUAGCUCGUGAAGCCAAGGAGAAAGAGGAAGCCGACGCUGCAGCCAAAGCUAAGGCCGAAGAGGCCGAAGCUGCCGAGAAAGCAAAGGCUAAAGAAGUCGAAGCUGCCGAGAAGGCAAAGGCUGAAGAAGCCGAAGCUGCCGAGAAGGCAAAGGCUGACGAAGCCAAUGCUGCUGAGAAGGCUAAAGCUGACGCGGAAGAGAAGAAGCGACUCGAUGAUGAAGAAAUGGACCGCAUGAUUGCUGAGAUGGAAGAGGAGGAGAAGAAGCGAGAAGAGCAGGAGAAGCGCUACGCUGAAGAGAAGAAGCGCAAGGCUGAGGAAGAUAAGGCCAACGUUGGUGACAAGGUCAAGGCGGAAGAGGAACGCCUGCGCAAGCUCGAGCGCGAAGCCGAAGAGGCUGAAGCGGCCCGCGAAAAAGAGACCCCUGAACAGAAGGCUGAGCGUGAGGCCAAGAACCAGGAAGCUUUCGCAUCCUUGAAGAAGAACACCAUGUUUGGUCCAGGCGCCUCGCAGACAGAAGAGACUGAUGACUCCGCUCCUGUGGAGGCCCCAGCUCCUGCCCAGUCAAAGCCCCUCAGUGCCACAAAGUCAAAGCCUCUUCCUCUUAAGAUCGAGACCAACAAGACUGUCGAGCCUGCGCAGCCUACUUCUGGCAUGCAGGCACUCAAGACAUCACGCUUCCUCCAGGUUCGAAGCGAGCUCGUCAAGUACCCUGAGGGUAUCCAGUCUCCAAACCCUGCACUGAACCAAGGUAGCAAGAACAGGGGCCGUCAGUACGACAAGGACUUUUUGCUCCAGUUCCAGGAAGUUUUCAAAGAGAAGCCUUCAGUGGAUUGGGACCUCAAAUUGAAGGAGACCGUCGGCGACGGAAGCGAGUCUGCCGGACCCAAGUCUGCUCGUCCUUCUUCCAUGUCGGGCGGUCGUCAAGUUUCCCGUCCAGGUGUUGGACAAAGUAGCGUGAUGGGCCAAUUCCAAGGUGGCUUCAACGCUGGCGGUCGCACACUUCCACCAGGAACGACUUCUGCAGAGCGUUUCGAGAAAGCCUCCGGCCGUGGCCCCAUGGUCAACCCGCUUGCUCAGAUGGUCCAAGGCGGAAGCGGCCGUGGCGGUUUUGCCAUGGGCCCUCCAACAAUGAGCCGCACCACAUCCUCCUUCCAGCCUCAUAACGGUCCCAAUUCACCACGCUCUGGUAGCACUCGCGGUAAGGGAAGUAGCCGAAGGGGUCCUCCGAAGGAAAACCAUCGCGAUGCCGCGGCCAUGCCUCUUACUGCUGGUCAAGAGCUGAAGCCCAUUGAACGCACGCAGGCUGGUUGGAAACCUCACUCUGCCACUCAACCACAACAAGUGGCAGGUCACAUGGCCCCUGACAUGGUGCAACGCAAGGUCAAGGCGGCUCUCAACAAGAUGACACCAGAGAAGUUCGACAAGAUCUCUGAUCAAAUCCUGGAAAUUGCUGCACAGUCGAAAGAUGAGACUGACGGUCGCACACUCCGCCAGGUCAUUCAACUCACUUUCGAGAAAGCUUGUGACGAGAGCCAUUGGUCGUCCAUGUACGCCAAAUUUUGCAGUCGUAUGCUUGCGACCAUGAGCAUGGAGAUCAGAGACGAGAACGUUCGCGACAAGCACAACAACCCUGUUGUUGGUGGUGCUCUCUUCCGCAAAUACCUUCUCAACCGAUGCCAGGAAGAAUUCGAGCGUGGAUGGGAGAUCAACCUGCCCGAAGCUCCUGAAGAAGGCAAAGAAGCAACUAUGCUUUCCGACGAGUACUACAUCGCAGAAGCAGCCAAGCGAAAGGGUCUUGGUCUUAUCCAAUUCAUUGGAGAGCUCUACAAGCUUGGCAUGUUGACCUUGCGCAUCAUGCACGAGUGUGUACUGAAGCUUCUCGACUUCGAAGGCAUGCCGGAUGAGUCGGCUAUUGAGAGUUUGGUCAAGUUGCUGCGCACUGUUGGUGCUACCAUGGAGGCUGCCGAGGCUGGACCUAAGAUGAUCAACAUGUACUUUGAGCGGGUUGAGAAGGUCAUGAACAUGGACGGCCUCCCGUCCCGUCUCAGGUUUAUGUUAUUGGACAUCGUCGAUCUUCGUCGGGCAGGCUGGAAGUCUAAGAACGAUCAGAAAGGUCCCAAGACGAUUGCAGAGAUUCAUCAGGAGGCUGUUGUCGCUCAACAGGCCGCCGAGAUGGAGCGAAACCGAUCAAGCGCGCGCGGUGGUGGUGGCGGUCGCCUGCCAAUGGGUCGUGGCGAUGCCCGCUCAUUCUCUGGUGGUGGUAUGAUGCCUCCCCAGGACACUGGUGGCCGUGUUCAGAUGGAUGACCUUCGAAAGCUGUCGAAGGGUGCAUCUGGGCGCAAUCUCAACGCCCCGGGAGCACUUGGUCCUUCCAUGCUCGGCAAUCGUAGCGGCAGUGGUCGUCGUGGUCUCGGUCCCAGCAUGAUGGGCAACCGAGAUGAUUCUGGCAACUCUUCGCGGAAUGGCACUACUCCAGUCCAGAAGGAGAAGGAGGCGACCGCACAUGCAAAUGCUUUCAGUGCGUUAGCAGCUCUUGAAGACAAUGCCGGCGAGGUUAGCUCUCCGCCCACGACAUCAGCCGAACUUGCUGGUGGUGACGCAGAGUCCAAGCCAUCUGAGUGAUUACCCAU